GCAUCUUGAUUCGGAACAAAAUAGAGAAUAUUCAUCGACGUCGCAAAUGUUAAUAAGCGCGGUUAAUCGCAAAUUGUUUCCAACUAAAAUAGAAGUAAACCGUGCUUUGUGUCCUUCCUUUAUCGGCUAAUUACUUCGAAUUGUCUUCAUUCCGUCCGUGAAAAACUGCAAGGCCGCACCGAUCGCGAUGUAUUCGCAUUCAAGCGAACAUUUCUGGUGAUAGUGAGAGAACGGAGGAAGAUGGCGACUUGUUUGAAAAGAACGUCAAAAUUAUUUGAUCCUUCGUUGUGGAGAAGUCCUUCGCACGUAAAUUUGAGAGAUUUGUUGUGCCCAGUGUGCAGGGGAAUCUUAAUCGAACCAGUGACGCUCCCCUGCGAACAUAACCUCUGUUUGCGCUGUUUAAAUGGCACAGUCGAACACAACAACCUAAACUGUCCUCUUUGCAGAACUAGAGUUGGUUCCUGGCUCCGAACUGCUGGAAAGUCGAACACCUUGGUCAAUUUAAGACUCUGGGAGAUUAUUAGAACGAAAUUUCCUAAAGAGGUCGAGGGCAAAAAGAACGGUGACGAGAGGAACAUCGACUUGGACUCAGGAUACGCAGCGAGGACCAAAAUACUCAGUGCUGCUGGUGAGAUUCGAAAGGAGUAUGAAGCUCAGCUUCAUCUGGCAGAGGAGGAAAGACGCCGAAAAAUUCAAGCAGAAGCAAUUGCCAGUGAAGCCUUGAUUCGGAAAAUCCAAGCCGAGGAGCAGCAGCAGUUUGCCCAAUUGGCCCAAGAUGAAUUGUUGGCUAAAACCUUGGCGAAGGAAGAAAUCAGCAAGGUCGACCCGAAAAUGAAGAGUUACGGUGAAUCCUCCAAGAUGUCCAAUCGUCUUGUUGAUAAAUCAAAGACUGAACCUAGAGUAUCGAACAAUAUGCAGAAAGUGAAAACGCAGAGUGUUUUCGAUGGUGCUACGCCCAUGGUCACAAAGUUCAAAACCUCCAUCGACCCUCGGAAAACAAAUAUCGCUUUAAUAUCGAAAAUCCGAGUAGAAAGCUAUGCUUCUAGUAUUAAAUCCGCCGGACAGAAUACAUGCAAAGAUUCUUCCCAGAAACUCGGUACUUUUAAGCCAUUGCCAGUGCAGGAUGCAGUCACGAGAUUGUUUAAAAAUCAAGUGACAAAGUUUGUUCAACCGAAUAGUUCCGGUUUCACUCUGGAACCGAGUUGUUCGAAUUCGAAUGUUUAUGGAUUGCAGACAAAAGAGGAGUUGCAUGUGCCGAAUGAUGUCUUGAGUUCGAAAAAGAAGAGCUUGGGAGUGGAAAUCUGCAUGAACACGGUUACUGACGAUGCAAGAAUUGGAAGCGCCGAAAGCGCCGAGAGUCAUGAUAGCAUUAAUCAAGAAAUUCAUCACUUUAAACCGAUUAAAGCCAUGCAACGAACGCCGUUGCGGACAACUCGAGACGGACGACAGAUUGAUCCAAAGGUGAUCAGGGUCGUUCCUAUUUUGAAAAAAGUCUCCAAUGCUGUGCCAAAGCCACCUUCGCCCUCUCGCGUGAAAAGAAACCUGGGCUGUUCCUGGAGUGCCUUCAGGGGCAAAAUACAAGAUUCCCGAAUGAGUAAAGUCACCCAGGUAGAGAUUUCGGAACCAGAAAGUAAACCAGUCACCUCAACGCAAAUCACAACCGCUACCUUAGUAAAGCCACAAGUUUCCGAUAAACUGGACCAAGCACCUGAUAUGUCCUUCGAUACGAACAAAAAUUACGCGAAAAACAUCAAUAAAAUUAUAAACGGAACUAAGUUGAGCAAAAAGUUGAAUCUGGAGAGCAAUGAAGGUGUGGAAAAGGCGAAGAAAUCAUGGGAAUCGUGCAAUGAGCCGAAAAGCACCUGCGACAGUGAUGAUCCAGAUGCCAAUAAUACAGACGGUGAGUCGGUCAACUCGGAAGCUUCGUCGAGCCGGACGCAAAAAGUCUAUUCUGAAGAGUGUCCAGUGGAAAAUAUUGCCGAACGGAUUAAAAAACGAAAAACCCAUACGAAAAUUCGCUACAACAAUAACACCGAGGAUUUCGUUCGUCGAAGUUCGCGAAAAAGAGCUACUGCCGUUCAUUAUGUCGCCGAUGAUUUUGAAUCUUUCGACGAAAAUUCAGAGGUAGAGGAUGAGCCGCCGAAACGAAAACGCGUGAGGAAAACGGCGCCAAAGUUAGAAAAGGUGAAGCGAGUCGUCGAGAUUUCUCCCUCAAAAAUAAUAUCAGGUCCUCCAGAAUUGACAAUGGAGGCUCCGCAGAAAAAGCGAAGGGGAAGAAAGCCGAAACCUGUCGAAGUGCAAUCGUCCUCCAUCGAGAAUGAUAAUUUCGAGACUGGAGAAAAAAGUACAAAUGUGAGUGGUUGCGAUGAUGUGAUUAUCAGUGAGCAAAAGCGAAUAGAAAUGCAACUGCUUCAGGAGCAGAAGGAUCGAGAAUUGGCCGAAAGAUUGCAGGCUCAAUUUAACGAAUGGGAGAGUAUGGCAGGUCGAACGCGAAAUUCGAGAAGGGUUUUCGAAAGUGGAAAUGAGGGGGUUCUUGGCCUCGAGUUGGGAAGGCGAGGUCGAAGGAAUGCCGAUCCACAGAGUGGCAAACAAGCGAGUCAAACGAAAAGUGGUCGAUGUCAACGGAGGCCUCAGCAAGGUGCCCUCAAGUAAGAUACGUAUCACUGCAAUCUUUUUCUAAACAACAAACAACCCUCCAAGAUGGAUGUUCCUACAGACUUGUUACUGACGAGAGUUUAUUUCCCAGUAGUCUAUCGAAAAUACUACAUAGUCAUCAAACUAUCCCUGUACGAAGUACACCAGUGUAUUAUUUCUAGACCAGGGAGGGCCAUUUCGAAUUUUAGUGGAAUUCAAUAAUGCUGUGCACACGAAUCUUUGUAAAUUAUGUCACUUAGGUAGAAAAUGGACUGUUUUAAAUGAGAGAAGAAUAUGGCUAUUUUCAACAAAUCUUUAUUCUUGAUACGUAGGCGCCAAUAUUCGAAAUAUUUUCGGUACGAGUCUAGGGAGUUAAUGUUCAAAUGCGAUUAUGCUGUUCGAAAUGAUGAGAAAAGUUUAUUUGUUGGAUUCAAAUGAGUUUCGAAAUCAAUCUUGAGAAUGUAAGCUUAAUUAUUUGUUGUCGAGGUAAUUAACAUUUUGAGCAGCAGUGAAUCGAAGGGCAUAUUUCAUUCGUCGGACCUCUGUGUCUUUAGUGAUGUAAACUUAGGUACCUAGGGGCUUAUUGUAAGAUUGAAAGAGGACUAACGGGCUCUUGCGUCAAACUUCAUGGCCCUCCCUUACUGAAUUGUAAAGAUAAAAUUUUCCGGAACAUCUUGAGCUCGUUAAUUACAAUUUUUUAUGCAGAGUGGAAUCAAAAACACCUGACUAGUUACUGUGAUUCGAUUAUCGUCAUUGUUUGAGUGAUUUUUCUAGUCAUUUCCAGAAUUUUUGUACAGUUACUUAAAAAGCGUGGCAAUUUUAAAUUUCGCGCAAAAAUCCUGUCAUAAUUGGUGGGAAAUUUGUAUUUUUAAAUAAACUUUUUUGAACUUUUGGAAAUGACUAUUCACCGAAUAUUUGAUCGCAUUUUUUUCGGCACAAAAGACUGAUGCGUGCAGAUUGCUGUGUCGCAAUCAGUAGUCGCUAGUGGUGCGUAUUAGGAUUAAAUAUUGUGUAUUGUGUUGUUCUUUGAAACUCAAGUCAAUUUGUUCGGAACAAAGCUCGUUAUUUCUGCCCUGUUAAUAUUUGCUUAUUUUUAUGCUAAGUUAAUUUUUUUUUUUAGAAGCAGAUCCUGGGUUAAUGAAUGGCUUUGACAAAUUAUUUUUUGUGCAGAUCUCUAAAGCCUUUUACAAUGUAGAGUUUGAGAAAAAAGUAUAUGCUGAAAAGUUAAACUGAUUUGCCGUUUUAAAAAACAGCGAAGGGCUUGAUUGUUUUUAGGAAAUAUUUAGAAAACAGGAAACCACUUGUGACUUUUCAAACACAUAUUUUUUUCGCCUAUCUUAUAAUCCCUUUUCGUUUUCAAGAAUACAGGGAAUUUUAAUCGUAUUAUUUCGAGAAAAUUCGGCAGUAAUCUUUAUUUUUAUUUAUUUUUUGUUUGUUUGUUGAGAGAAUAUUAGUUAAAAUCCAGGAUGCUUAUAAAAUAUGCAUAUGCAGGAACUUCUUGUUGCAAUGAAAGAAUAGUGAAUGUCACGCGUCCAUAGAAUAUUAUUAACAUUAUUAUAGAAUUUCUUGGAAAACUCAUGAUCGUUAUACAUCUUUGCUGCCUGUAAAAGGAGAUAAGUUUGAUGGAUUCAUGAAUUGUAAGAACCAUCUAGUCUUGUCCACUUAUAAGUUUUUUGAAAUGAGUCUAAUUGAUAAUAAGUUGGUAGUUUAUUGAAAUUUCGUUUAAAAAAAAAACGCCUGAUAGAAGCGUUUAAUAGAAACGAAUUUCUCUUCUAAACUUUGAAUGAAUUUUCAGUUAGUUUGUUAUUUCUAAAGGACUUUUACCUGAUUUUUGAAGGGUGAUUGUUUUUCCUAGUCGAGUAGAGUGAUUUAAUCUUUGAAUGUUGCUGAGGCAUCACAUUGUCAUAAAGACAAUAAAACAUGAAAUUGAUAGCGAAUAAUAUUUUCGCAAAAAUACUUUAUUGUAAAUAAUCUAUAGGUUUAAAGUUGUCGAUAUAUAUUAUACAUAAUUUGACAAGGCAAGAUGGUAACAGUGAAAAAUGCAGUGAUAAAGCCAUAAUUCGUUUUUCCGAGGUUUACUAAGUGGUCGCAAUUUUCACAAUUUUCAUUAUUCAGGUGUGAUUUUUUCUUACGAGUCUUUCAAUUUCUUUCUCGUAGUUAGAAACUAAAUACUUGCAGCACAAUGAGGUAUAAGGAAUGAGAUAAUUUUUUGUAUAAAGAAAUUUAAAUUAUAAUUUUUUAAGAAGAAUGUGAAAAUAUGAAUAUAUGAUUGUAAAUUGAAAUUUUUUGAGUCUGAUAGAAAAUUCUUUCAUGCCCGUGUUAAUUUAAGUAGUAAGUUUGUACAGCCAACAAAAAUACAUAUUGUCGAGUAAGUAUGUAAUAAAUAGUAAUAAUAAUUGAUUAUUAGUUUUUAAACGACUUUGAAAUAGUCUUAAAUUUUAAGAAAGAGUGAAAAAACAGAUGCGAGUAACAAAGAAACUCAUUUAUUGAUUCUUAGGAAUGCAUGAUUUUAUACGCGCGUUAUAUGUAAAUAUAAUAUAUAAUAAAAUAAAUAUAUUAUGCAUACCCUGA